UUUGACACUGUCAAGGGGCUGUCUCCAUCAGUAGCAAAAGUGUAACUUUGUUGUAGAUGAGCGUAAGCCUCACCCUGGAGAGCGCUAGUAAGUACAGACCAGGUGAACCUCUUCUCCGUCCCUCCUUGCUGAACCAGACCCUGGGCCUGGACCCUACCUCACUACACACCUGCCCCUGACCCCAGUGUUCCCUCUGUGACUGGCAGGGGACAGGGAGGGUAUGAGAUGAGUGUGGGCCCAGCAUAGGUCUCAGGGUGGGGGCUUGAGGGGAUUGGUCAAGAAAAAUCAGAGCCCUCUGGAUCAGGGGUCUUCAUGUGGGAGUAUCCCAGCCCUGUGGUGAGCUGGGAGCCUCUUGGGCUUGUGUGCAGAUGACCACUUCCCCAGGGGUGGGUCUAUUUCCAUCAAUCCUCAAUGAAGAUCCUGUCACCCCUAAAAUAUUAAGAACCUCAGCUCUAGAUACCACAAAACCUGGGCCAUUGGGCCACAGUUGACCCCCAGACCUGGUCCCCCGAAGGUCAGAAACAAAGUGGGGAGAGGCCUCUGCCCAUUUUGGUGGGAGAAGCAGAGUUGCCUUGAGCCAGUGGGACCUGGGCAUUCGAUAAUGUCUGUGACCUGCACAGACUUACAGACACUGCCCGAGUGGCAUUGAAAAUCUGAAAAGAAGGGACAGCUCUACCUCACAUUAGUUCUACAAACACAGUGCUCUUAGUGCCAGUGUUGGGGACUGCAGGAGAAACAGAAAUGUCCUGCCAGAGGCCCCAGAACAUUGAAGGGAAAGUAAACCUCACAUCACAAAAACUUAACCUAAGCCAGAGCUCAUGAUGUUAAUAUGUUAUUAAAGUUCAGCAAGCAGUUUUGCUUUUCUCUGAAAAUUCAGCCUACUCCCCAGCAAGAGAGGUUCUGUGGGUGAAUCAUUGCAGGGUGCACUGGUUGCCCACUGCAGUGGCUACCAGCUGCUGAAGUCCUCGGGAGCAGGGAUGCUACUUUUUUUGGUAACAAAACAUUUUUUAAGUUCAUUCACCAAUGGAAGAUCCAUCUUUUGGUGGAGAGAACUGGAAAAGGUUCCAGAAUUCAGGCUGAGGUUGGCUACUCCCCUAUGAGGCCUUUCCCCUUCUAGCAUCCCCACUCCAUCCUCAGGCUGACCAACCCAGCAGCUCAGGUCCCUGGAGAGGCCAGCCUUGCCUACACUGUAAAACACUUCUGAGCCUCAGUCUUCCCAUCUUAGAAAUGGAGGCAAUAUACCCAUUUGGCGGGCGAUGCUGGUGCCCAGAGAUAAUGACUGUGGAGCCCUUCCUGCUCCCUUGCUGCUGGGCACAGAGGGCACUCAUUUGUGGCCUUGGCUGUAUCAUAGUCUUCCCUGAGUCAGAUCUGGGGAGCCAGCUCCUGAGGUGACCUGACCUAGUUUACUGCCACCCCGUUGACAUGGAUUCCAAGUUUAGGAAAUGUCCUUCUCAGUCUGCUCUGUAGAGGCUGCCUAUCAAGAGCAGAGAUAAGCUCUCAGGCAACAAAGAGCCCUUUGAUACAUAAGAGGUUCUGGGCUACUGGGCUCUGAGGCAGCUGAGCCUGACCAGUGUCCUGGCCCCAGAGCCACUGACAUGGUCCCCUAGGAGGCUGUCCCGCUGUUCUCUUGUCACUACUCUAUUAAGUCAUAGCCAUUGUUUUUCCAAAAGGCUACUGGCAGAAACCAGGGAAGAGUUCGUGGACCCAGGGCUCAUUGCUUUUAAUACCUGUUGCCUCAGUGCCAGCCCCUAAUGGGGACAGUUACAUGGUGGAUAUUAGGUUAGGAGCUACUGUAGCUUCAGCUAUGGUUUGAGACACUAGUUAUUCAGCAGGAUGACAAGUGUCACCUGUAUGAUGGAUUGGUCUCAGGAGGUAGUUCAUGCCUACUGUCAGUGCAUGGUGCAGCCAAGAGGCUUAACCUUGACCUGUCUGAGACCUUGGGGACCCCCCCCCGCCUUGUCUCUAGCUGGCUGUCCUUGUAGCUGUCUGCCCCCAUAAACCCUUCCCUGUGGACAUAGUGACACCUGGCCAUGCCCCAUCCUGGAAUUCCAAACCACAGAAAGCCUCAGGCAUCCUGCCCUGGGCCUCCUCAAGAGACCCUCAGGGCAAUUCUGAAUGCCAGCCAGGGGAGCUGGGUGCCCUGGCUUGCCUACUUUUCAUGGAGCACUCUCCUUCCAGGUGCGGCUUCAGGUCCAGAGUAUGGACAAGCCUCAGUACCGAGGCACUCUGCACUGCUUCCAGUCCAUCAUCAAGCAGGAGAACGUGCUGGGCCUGUAUAAAGGCCUGGGCUCGCCCCUCAUGGGGCUCACCUUCAUCAACGCGCUCGUGUUCGGUGUGCAGGGCAACACCCUGCGGGCCUUGGGCCACGAUUCCCCAUUGAACCAGUUCCUGGCAGGCGCGGCGGCGGGUGCCAUCCAGUGCGUCAUCUGCUGUCCGAUGGAGUUGGCCAAGACGCGGCUGCAGCUGCAGGAUGCAGGCCCAGCGCGCGCCUACCGGGGCUCCCUGGACUGCCUGGCGCAGACCUACCAGCGCGAGGGCCUGCGCGGAGUCAACCGGGGCAUGGUGGCCACGCUACUGCGCGAGACGCCUAGCUUUGGCGUCUACUUCCUAGCCUAUGACGUGCUGACGCGCUCGCUGGGCUGUGAGCCAGGUGACCGCCUGCUGGUCCCCAAGCUGCUGCUGGCAGGAGGCACGGCGGGCAUCGCAUCCUGGCUCUCUACUUACCCUGUGGAUGUGGUCAAGUCGCGGCUCCAGGCUGACGGUCUACGGGGUGCCCCGUGCUACCGCGGCAUUGUUGACUGCGUGCGCCAGAGCUACCAGGCAGAGGGCUGGCGCGUCUUUACGCGGGGGCUGGCGUCCACAUUACUGCGUGCCUUCCCAGUCAACGCUGCCACCUUUGCCACCGUCACCGUGGUGCUCACAUAUGCGCGGGGCGAGGAGGCCCGGCCUGAGGGUGAGACUAUGCCUGCCGCUGCGGCUGCCACUUCAGGGCGCACCCUGGCCCAGCCUUCUAGCCUGUGACCACCACCCUGCUUCCCCGGGGGCCACUUUUCAGAAACUCGUCAUAGACUGAUAGCUCAGCUCAGAUGCUGUGGGCCUGGGUUGAAUUUUGCUCAUCAGCUGGGUGACCUUGACAACAAAUUUUACUCCACUGGCCUCGGAGUAUGAAAUGGGACCCUGAUGCCCCCAUCAUACAGUCAGGAAGGUCAGAGACUAUGAUUCUUGCACUGAGCCUAGCACCAUGCAUGGCUGAGUCAGCACUGUGCCUGGAAAUGUUACUUGGGAUACCUCUGCCAGCCCUGGCAUCCCAGCCACCACCUUUGUGCGCCUGCCCUGCAAGCUGGCUCCCAUAGGUCUCUGAUGAGCCACCAGUAGCUGUUGAGGGGCCUGUGACUCUUGUACUUUCCACCUGGCUGAGCUCCAGGAAGACUUCUUGGCCACCUCCCUGAUCUCUGUUAGGGACAGAGGGUAGCUUGGAGUGCCUCCUGGUGUGGCAGAACUGGUUGCUCAGCUGGUGCACCCCAGCUUCUCCACGUGCACUACUACACGUGGUAUGGCCAACUGCUGGUCCUAUUGGAGGGUAGACCAGGAAGCCAUCUGGUCUGCUGGGGGCCCUGGGCUGGGAGGGGAGUGUGCACAGACCAGUGGAGGGAGGUCUCUGCAGUGAAAUUGUGAUACAGCUGUGGCAAGGGGACAUCCUUUCACCUUCUGGCUUCUGGCUGUCCAUCUGGAAAAUGGUCAGGACAUGGGCUGGCUGAUGGCUGCCUGGGUCUCUAGCCCAUCACUGCUAGUCACAGAUCCCAAAGUGUGUGCAGAGGGUCCCACAGAGAGCAGCAUGGGAUAGCCCUUCCCUGGGCCUGUAUAGCACAGGCCACAAGCCAAAGGUCAGUUCUCCCAUUCCCCAGUAAAUGGUAUCUCCUGAGCAGUCUCUUCAGUGCCUGGGGUCCCUGUGUGGGUACAGAGGGCCUGAUUGUGGGCACAGAGCUGACCAUUUGGGGCAGAAGAGGGUUCCAGACUCUGCAUCCCAGGGAAGUGGGACCAUAUCCCGGGAGGCAGGCUAUGCCCAGUGUGGACAGGACUCAGCUCUGUGCAGCAUGGUGUUAUUGUACAGAAACCAAGGGAAUAAAGUAUUCUUUGUGUU